UUUCCAUGCACAUUUUUAUAGCAUCAUCAAAUCAUAUUAAACUCUUAUAAUAUAACCUUCUUCAUUUAAUUCUACCAAACAUAUACUAUUAUACUUGUUUACACUUCCUAGCUAACUAUGGCUUUCCACUCCAUUUUUAAUAGUGUUUUUCUAGUUGCUUCUUUGAUUGUCGUGGCCUCCGCUGGUAGUUUGAACGAGAAUUUCGACAUCACUUGGGGUGACGGUCGUGCCCAAUUUCUAAACAAUGGCCAACUUCUUACCCUCACCCUUGACAAAACCUCUGGCUCGGGUUUUCAAUCUAAGAACGAGUACCUAUUUGGAAAAAUCGAUAUGCAAAUUAAACUUGUUCCGGGUAAUUCUGCUGGUACUGUGACGGCUUAUUAUUUAUCAUCUGAAGGACCUACCCAUGAUGAGAUAGACUUUGAAUUCUUGGGUAAUGUCACUGGUCAGCCUUACACUCUUCAUACCAAUGUUUUUAGCCAAGGCAAAGGCGAACGUGAACAACAAUUCCGCCUUUGGUUCGAUCCUACUACCGAUUUCCACACUUAUUCUAUCCUCUGGAACCCCCAAAGGAUUGUAUUUUCCGUAGAUGGUACACCUAUCAGAGAAUUCAGGAACUUAGAAUCAAUGGGAAUCCCAUUCCCAAAGAACCAACCAAUGAAGAUAUACUCGAGUCUAUGGGACGCCGAAGAUUGGGCAACACAAGGAGGAAGGAUCAAGACAGACUGGAGCAAGGCUCCGUUCAGGGCAUCAUAUAGAAACUUCAAUGCUGAUGCAUGUGUUUCGAGGAACGGUCAAUCUUCCUGCACCUCUGCCUCUCCCUGGAUGAACCAGCAGCUCGACGCCACCGGUCAGAGUAGAAUGCGAUGGGUGCAGAAGAACUACAUGAUUUACAACUACUGCACUGAUUUACAAAGGUUUCCUCAGGGUUUGCCUAAGGAGUGUACUGUCACACUGUCUUAAGCUUCAGAAAAAAAAUAUAUGUUCUGUUUUGCUUUGCAAGUUUUGCUGUAGUAAAUUUUUUAUAUGUUGAGUUUUGGGUUCUUUUUAUGUAGUAGUGAUUCGUUUGUUGUACAAAGUCACAUAUUUCAUUCUAGUCAAGUUGUAAUAAGGAAGUUGUAUUACUUUUAAUUUAAUGAUUUUGAAUCGAAUAAUACGCUUUUAGACUUUCAGUU